AUGGCGCUCGAGUUCGCUGAGGGCUUCAUGCCUGCCGUCCGGGACGCAGCUUCGUCCCUGUUCGCCGAAGCGGGGCGUGCCCGCGGCCGCAAUCAGAGCAUCGCGGGGCGGCCGGGUCCGGGCGCCGCUACAAAAGCGGGCUGGGCGGCUGGGGGUGGCCAGAGCUCCGGUGACGGGCCGCCUGUCACGUCCACCACGCCCGCUAUGGUGCUGUUGGCGUUCCUGUCGGUGGUCGGCACUGCCCUAGCGGCACCCGCCACCAACCCCCAGUACAUCGGAGCACACGGCACCGGCCCCAACAGUCUGAGCUCGGGCCCGCUGCAGCCGGCCGCGGCCCUGUUCAGGGGGCCCGACCCGGCGCUGGCGCCCCGACACCCUCCUCCGGACAUCACCCGGGCGCCCCGACACCCUCCUCUGGGCAUCAGCCAGGUGCCCCGACACCCUCCUCUGGGCAUCACCCAGGCGCCCCGACACCCUCCUCCGGACAUCAUCCGGGCGCCCCGACACCCUCCUCCGGACAUCAUCCGGGCGCCCCGGCACCCUCCUCCGGACAUCAUCCGGGCGCCCCGAUACCCUCCGGGCAUCACCCAGGCGCCCCGACACCCUCCUCCGGACAUCAUCCGGGCGCCUCGACACCCUCCUCCGGACAUCAUCCGGGCGCCCCGACACCCUCCUCCGGACAUCAUCCGGGCGCCCCGACACCCUCCUCCGGGCAUCACCUCAUAA